CAGUUCGCUUUUGGUUGUCGACGAGUGCAAUACUAACUUACAGCUUGUGGAAGCCAAAGACGCACACAAUCAGUUACCCCAUUGUCAGUCAGUCAGCAGCGUUGUCGGCGUGCGGUAGUGUUUAGUGGCCAGUUGCAAGCGGGACACAAAUUUAAAAAUUUUGAAAAAUAUUGAUUCAAAAAAUAAAAAAUUUUAAAUUUAUGUGCAAUAUUUUGUGAAAAUAAUUUUGCGGCGCAAUUAAUUUUAGAAAACCAAAUAAAACCUGAAAAAUUUCAAAAAUAAUUGCCAAUUAAAAAAAGUGCAUAAUGCAAUAAUUUUCGAUUUUGGCACAGCGAAUUACUGGGAAAAUUGUGUGUGGGCGUGUUUUUAUUCUGCACCGAAGAAAACAAAAAUCUAAAGUCAAAAGUACAUACAUACAUACAUACAUAUCUAAAGAUUAGCUGCAUUUAUUUAUUAAGCAACAAGUGCCUUUACAGCCGAAAAUUAAAAAAAAAAAAUUUGGUAUUUGCGAAAACAAAAACAACUAUUUAAAGCGGAAACGAUGUCCAGUGCAGCGCAUAUCCUGGCAUUGCUCUUGGCAUUGGCAUUAGGCUGCACAGCAGUCGAGGCUUUGCUGAAAUGUUGGCGCUGUUCAACUGAUGUCUCCAAUGGUGCCUUCUGCGAUGAUCCCUUCGAUCCAGAAUUUAUUUCCGAUCAACAACGCUACUGGAGCUAUGUGAAUUGUUCAUAUUCGGCGGGUUAUAAGUCGGUGAAUGCUCGGCCUGUUUGCAAGAAGCUGGUACAAGAAGUUUACGGUAAGCGUGUCAUUUCGCGCUCUUGCUUCUACGAGGACUACGACGAUUCCUCCGAUCGCUGCGGCCACGAAACGACCUCGUCCUACAUCAAAACGGUGUUCUGUCAGACGUGUAGCACCGAUGGAUGUAAUGGCGCCAGCGCCUUCUCGCCCUACGUCGCGCUAGUGCUGCUACCACUGGUAACGGUGCUGAUGAAGCGGUUCAAAUGAACAGCAAUGCGGUGGCAACCUAGUUGAGGCUAUUGAGGGCAUAUUCGAAAUUCCGACGUAGCAAUACUUUUAUUUCUUAAAUUAAAAAAAAAAAAAACUCAAAAUUUAUUUUGUACGCAUUAUGUUUUAAGUUUAAGCAUAAAAAAAAGAAAAAUCAUUUCAUCUUAAAUGAAUGAAAUUAUGAGCGAGUAAUUUGACGCUUGUAAAAAUUCUCAAAUAAUAGUUGAAUUGUUUCGAUCUAAGCUCGUAGAAUAAAAUGGCUGGUUGUUUCUAAUUUUAAUAAUGUACACAAAAAAAAACAUCGAUUUUUAAGUUGUAUUUAACGAAAUUCGCACAAAAGUAACCAAAUCGUAGUACUAACUUUCAGCCGUGCGCGACUUUUGCAGAAAUAUUUGUCACAAUU